AUGAACGUGACACAUAUCCCGAGCUCCGAUGCCUUGCACUGGCUGGACGCCGUGCGCAUGAGCGGUGAGAGGUCAAAGUGUGGUCUGGACUUCGACCUUUUGGCACGAAGAAUCAUCGACCAAAAGGUGCCGCAGCUGCGGUCGUCAUCGACGAGGCCUGGGCAGGGACUGCUGCUGGAGGAUGUUGCUAUCCGCUUGGUCCACUCGUUUGGGGACCUCACCUCGGCAUUCAACUUGCUACCGAAGGCCAGCCAGGUGAACCAAACCCAGUCUCGCAGCGCCGCAGCGCAGCGCAGCUUGUCCCCGGAGUUGUUUGCGCCGCCGCGCCUACCGGGGGCCUCGGCCGCGCGGGCCACCGACGUAGGUGGCCAUGUGGCACGCGCCGCACAGCGCGAGGCCAAGACAGAGUGUGAUGUCUACGCCCUGACCGAGCGGCAAUGGUUCCAUGCGUUGCGGGGCUCCAGCCACUGCAGGCUGCUUCCAGAGGCUGAGGCCAAGAUGGAGGCUGCGCGGCAGGUGGAAAACCAGGCCCGCCGAACCGCUGAUGCGAUGCUUUCUGGUGCCCUCCAGCCGGCGCUUCGCGAGCUCACCUCGCUCUUUCCGAAUCUGACGGAAAGGCUCUGCGUGGCGAAGACCAGCUUCCGUCCGUAUGAGGCCAUGGUCGUCCGAGCCUCCACGCAGCCGUAUGGCUUUUUCGGGCACCGCUUGGCCAGGAGGGCAACAGCCAGCGCCGUGCACUUCACCUUGCCCAGCUCUGCCAGCGAGGCGCUGGGCGGAGCACCUUUCCUUGCUGUGGUGCCUCUCGGGCUGGAGCGCUCAAUUACGGACGGCGUGGAGAUUGAGUCCCGAGCCCUCCUGGAGCCUGCCUCCCGGGGCUUCGCCGUGGCACUGAUACGCGCCCCGGGGCGGCGCGCUCCAGGUGCUUCGGGCCUUUGGGUGCUGCAGCUUUGUGCCUCUGAAGACGGGCUGAGGGCCUUGAGCAUGGUGGGCCCACCGCUGUCCUUCAGUGUGCACACGCGGAUGCCAAGCCCCCCGAGUGCUCCAUACCUGACUGCGGCUGGACUAUCCGAACCCGGCUGUUUCAUUAUUGUCAACUGGCAUGAGCCACUGGACUCGGGCGGAUCGCCAAUCCUUGCCCAUGAUCUGAAGCUGUGGGAGCACUCGCAGUAUCUGCAAGGAGCGGAGCCAUUGGCGGUCUUCAGCGGCGACGAAGUCUUCCCAGAGUACCACCUCGAAGGAGUGUCGUUGGGGACAGACUAUGUCCUGCAGGUGCGAUGUCACACUGAGGCUGGCCCGUCAGAGUGGAGCACUGUGUCCGAGCCGCUGCGAACGCCUGAGCCCAGGCCAAAGGACCUCGGCCCGCCAGAAGCCGUGGAAGCAGGCCUGGACUUCGCGACGCUCCGGUGGCCCUCCGCCAUCGAUGUCGAGUGCUAUGAGAUUCUUGUGGAGCCGCAAAGCAGCAGUGAGCCCAGCUGGGUUUCCACCGUGGACCCCCCUGCAGAGGAGCCUGGGUCGCAUGCAUCCGCUGGCAGCCAGAGGACCGAAGCAACGAUCACCGGCCUGCGGCCACGGCAGCUCUACUGCUUCCGCGUCCGUGGGCGUGGAAAGACGGAGCCAGGGCCAUGGUCGAUGCACAGCGAGCUGGUCUACACCGCCGCGCGGAACCCGCAGGUGGCCGCAGCGCCCACCGCACCGGUACAGGCCGAGCGGAUGAGGGAUGGCAUGGUUCUCGUUUGGAACGCCCCGGCCAAUGAAGGGGAGGCCCCCGUGGUGCGCUACAUCGUGCAAGGCCGGAAGUUGGUGUCCACGGAGUCAGGCCGGAGCACUGGCUCGAAGCGCGCGCCUGGUGGCAAGCCUGGUGGCAAGAGGGUGCAGAAGCCGAGCCCGAAGCCGCAGCCAGACGAAGGUUCCAUGGAGCAGCCGGAGGAGCUCUUGCAAUUCCAGACUGCAGAUGCCUCCACACGCUUGACGCUGCAUGGGCUUCAAGGCAAUGCGCCGUACGUGUUCCAAGUCUUUGCCCUGAGCGCAGGGGGUCUCUCAGCCCCCUCGCCCCUCUCUGCGGCCCUGAUGACGGCCGCGGUGGCUCCCAGGCGACCGCGAUCUCUCACCGUCUCGCUAGCACUGCAGAAAGAAGUGACUCUGCGAUGGGAGCCGUCACCGGAUGAUGGUGGCUUGCCUGUCGAAAAGUACACUCUGGAAGUGAUUAACGCGAGCGAGCCCACCGACCGCCAAACGAAGGAGUUCGAGCCACACUGCACGGAGGGCCUGGUGAAUGGCCUGAAGGGUAACACCCGCUACUUCUUCCGCCUGUGCGCCGCGAGCGCUCGCGGCUCAUCGCCUGCGGCAGAGCUUCUAGUUCGUGUGUUGGACCCAGUAGUGCACCUGUUGGUGAACGUGAGAAGCUUGGCAAAGCAGUUGGCACUGUUGGGGAACGACUUGUUCUCGUUAGAGCCCAAGAGGGACAUGCAUGUUCGCGUUCAGCUUAAGGCUUAA